GCGAUUUACGUGUAUGAGCUUGACAUUCGGCCCUUUUUAGAUUUUGGGUAACUGCCAUCAAAUCGCGAUCGUACCCAGCUGCAAUGUUUAAUAUCCCGCCGACUAUGCAACUAUUCCGCGCGUCUCAAUUCACUCGCAACGACCAGUUCACCGCCGACGAGCGCCAAGUACGCACUUGUGAUAAUGCCUCUUCACGGUUUUUUUCGUAUCGUUAUCCCUGCUCGUUUUCUUGCGACUACAAAGAAUUUUUAACAUGAGGUCGUCUUGCAAUCUCCGGUCUCGUCAGGUGAAAAUUUUUCCGGUGCAACCUAACCUAACCUACUUUGAUUCCGGAAUCUGAGAAAAGUUUCUGAAGAACUUUGAAACUUUAGAAGAAUUUUGAACAAUUCGUCCUUCAGAAGCGAUAAAUCAUGAGCUGCGAGAAGAAUUUUUAACGAUGAAUGGAGAAACGAGAAAAUAUGUACAUUCGAGACAUUGAUAAGUAUUUAUGCAUAAUGAAAGGAAAAUAUUUUGCCUAUAUUUAAUUUCAUCAGAACUGUGAUAAUAAGCGAUGAAACAUAUAUAUGCUGUGCUAUAAAGAAAAUAAAAUCCAAGAGACUGUUAAUAAUUUCCAUUGCUAUUCCAGUUUUGAUAAGUGGAGUGAAUAUUUAUUCCUGGUAAAUUAUUCUAUUUCUCGUAGAAGAAGAUUGAAGAAAACUGAAUCGAGAAUCGAUCACGGCCGCAAAUGAAGAUGUUAAAUUAACUUUCGUCGUAUAUACCCAAAUUGGCCGCUGCUCCAGACAGCUAGUUUUGUAAAUUACAUAACCGGAAAGGACGUCAACUCUUGUGCCGAUCAAUUUCUUUAAUUUAACGUGACAACGCGCGAAGGCGAAUGCUGUGAGUGUAUAUUCGUUAGUGUGUGCGAUAACAAAUUUUUGUGCGAGGAAAGUGAUAAGCGUACGAGUUAUGAUUGAUGAAAUGUGCUUCAUGCUUACAGAAAAACGACAUUUCACCACAGCUAUUUCGAGAUGGCUCGUGCUUGGAAUAGGACACAAGUUCAUUUCUAUGCAAUAGCCGGUUCACCUUAAAUUAGAGAUUAUAUAGCUAAAAAAACAUGCGAAAACUUCUGGAAGUAUGAGUAGUAACGUCCUCGCAAGCACGUUGUUCUCGAGAAGAAACUGGCACGGUGCUCCUAAAUGGAUAAAAGAUGACAGUCUCUUAUCAAUACGAAGUCGCCAGUUCCACCAGCGGUGGAUUCACCAGGCUUCUGUUUAUGUGGCGUGGUUCCCUGUACAAGCUGAUUUACAGGGAACUGCUGCUCUAUCUCAUUCUUUUCGGUAUCUUAUCCGUUCUUUAUCGCCACACUUUCACCGAUGAUCAAAAAAAAGAAUUCGAGCAAGUUGUAAUUUACUGCGACAAUUUAAUCAAACUGAUCCCGUUGAGUUUCGUCCUCGGAUUUUACGUGUCCUACGUGGCGCAGAGAUGGUGGAAGCAAUAUAAGGCAAUACCAUGGCCGGACAAAGUGAUGCAUCUCGUGGCGCUCUAUAUCACCGGGAGUGACGAGUACAGUCGAAUGCUGCGCAGAGCUCUGAUGCGAUAUCUGAAUCUUUCCCUGAUACUUGUUCUACGUUCCAUCAGCUCGGCGGUGAAGAGACGAUUUCCAACUCUUGAUCACGUCGUUGAUUCCGGCUUCAUGACCACAUUGGAGCUCGAAUUGUACCAGUCGGUGCCGAGUAGCGAAUUUAAUACCUAUUGGAUACCUUGCACCUGGUUCAUUAAUCUUCUCAAGGAGGCACGCAAGUCCCACAGGUUGCCCGACGCGCAAGGCUUGAAGCUAAUUAUGGAGGAAUUCAAUGAAUUUCGGACUAAAUGCGGCCUGCUAUGGAGUUAUGACUGGGUGUCGAUUCCUUUGGUGUACACUCAAGUGGUGACUCUUGCCACGUACAGCUUCUUCGCGGUCACUCUGAUCGGCCGACAAUACAUCGAUGGCGACAAUAGGCAAAUUUUCCAAUUAAAAAUAGACAAAUAUGUGCCCCUUUUCACAAUUCUGCAAUUCUUCUUCUUUAUGGGGCUGUUAAAAGUAGCUGAGCAAUUGAUAAAUCCUUUUGGCGACGACGACGAGGACUUCGAGUUGAACUGGUUGAUCGAUCGUCACACUAAGGUAUCGUAUCUUGGAGUAGACACGCUAAUGAAUCGCUGCCCGCCGCUCGUCAAAGAUAUCUUUUACGACUCCGAAAAUAUAAGUUUGCCGUAUACGGAAGCGGCUGCAUCGUAUAAGAAGAAGACCUAUCGUGGCAGUGUGGCAAACAUGACGGUGCCUGAAGAGAAACAGAUGAUGUUUUUGCCCGGCAUUUUGGAGGAGGAGGAAGAAAGUAAUAAUAUUCCGACGCCUCGCACUUCCACUGCCAGUUUAGCGAACCCGAUCGACAGUCCGGCGAACGAAAGACGCCAGAUCAGCGGGUCCCAUGCAACACCUGCGAAGAUGGCUCGCAAUUGUUCCGAAACGAUUGUACAGCUGGAUAACCAAGAGCAACCGAUCGAAAUGGAGCAGCGGCACGUCAUAGUCGAGGCCGUCAAGAAGUUCUCCUCCCUCGCGAAGGGCUCCGCAUCCCGUAUUGAUUUUCGAAAGCCCUUUCUUCCAGGUUUGAAAUCAUCCAAGCCAGUGCUGCAGCCUUGGCCGAGCGCGACGAAUAUUUCGCAUCCUUUUCUAUCAAUGGCGAUUUCCACGUCGAUAGAGGCUGGAUCUUCCUUGAAAAGAGAUUCGUUCAAGAGCCUAUGUCGUCAAUCUUCCGCGGAGGAAUCCGACGGACGGCCCAGUGUCUCGUCGCAGGAUGAGAGAUAUCAGGACGGCGUCGUGAACUCGGCGUUCGCCGAAGAGAGGCUGCACGACGUUCCGGACAUCUGCGAUUGCGACGGCACGGAGGAAGAACACGAUGCUUUGGAAUCCGAUCUUUCGCAUCAAUAUCAGUGCAGGCAAGCCUGCCAAGAGCUACCGAUCUUGGAGAUGAUCGAUAUGUCUGUAAUCGGCGGCGAAUCAAGUCGUUCGAGAAUCAAUAGUUGUCCCAAGUACCUGAUGGCCAGGAGCGAUCGAUCGCCUGAUAAUUCUAGGAAGAGAAAGGGUAUCCAAUGGCGAUCGCGAAUAUCUGGCGAAAAAUUGAAAUUCCGUAGAAGAACUACUGACAGUAUACCUACGGUGGACACAAUUCUAACCCCGACCAGGAGCUCGCCGAAUCUAAGCAACUUGGAGGAACAGAUGAAGACUGCGCUAAGUGUCAAGACAGAUCCCUCUUGCAAGCAAGAGGAUGAGAUUUCUAAGCUGUGAAUUACGUAGUGUAUCGGUUGGAUUGAUAUUUUUAGUUAUUUCGAUGCUGAGAGAAAUCUUUUAACUUGUGUGGCAAUCUCGAAUAUGCCGAAAUUUUCUUAACGAAAUUCUUUCGCUUCUUCAGGAGAAAUUUUUCAGUGCGAAAGUUAGAUUGCAUGUUACGCUCCUCUCAUAAACGUUUUUCUUCCAUGCGUUAUGAUAAAAUUUAAUAAAGUUGUGAUCCCCUUUUAUAUGACUGUAAGACGAUCUUAGCUUGUUAAAAAUUGAUAAAGAUGAGUGUUAAAAAGAUUGAUAAAGAUUGUUAAAGAUUGAGUACUAUAAAGACUAUAGAAAAUUGCGUUUUUGCUGAAAAAUUCUUGGUUACUGCGUACUUACUGUGUUUCUGCACAGAGUUGUCUGAAAUAAUAAUUAUAUAUCGAUAAUAAUAUUCUUUAAGAUGAUCAGUGAUACAAAAAAUAUUGUGCUUAUAUUUCACUACAUAAUUACAAUUGUGAGCAAGUAUUAAUACGCAUUCAAGAAUAGCGUUAUUUACACAUAUUUAUGUACAUAUUGUAAAUAUUGCAGAAUAUAUUCUAAUGUAUCAUAGAAAAAAUAAAUAUAAUUUC